GUGUUCUCACACUGAGAUCAUAUUUCUCUCGUGUAUACUGUAUAAGUAUUGUAUGACAUUUUAGGGCCGGGGUCUCAAGCUCAAUUUACUUGGGGGCCACUGGAGCUAGGGUCUGGGCGAGGCUGGGCCGCAUCAGGUUUUCCAAAAAAAAACCCAAAAAACACAUUUAUUAAAAACAGAAAAAUGAAUAAACUUUGCUUUUGUUCUGAUUUUUUCUGAAGAAAGCUUUGAUAAAACAUUCUACUGUUCUCAAAUAUCUUCAUUUUUUAUUUUUCUACACAAAAUAAGAUGAAAAAUAAAUAAACAAAUCAAGAAUAAAGAAAAUCAAUCAAUCAGUAAUAAAUAAAUACAUAUAAUAAUAAUAAUAAUAAAACACCAAAUAAUAAAAACUUAAGAAAACCACAUAUAGUUGGUGGGUAGACAAAUUAUUUUUUUCAGAUUAAAAUUAACAAAGCAUUAUUAGAGCCCUGUAGACAUGACAAAACACGACUAUAGUCACAUUUAUACUCUUUUUAUUUACAACAUUUCGCAACUGCAGGGUCUUGAGACACAUGCUAACUCACAAACUAGAGAGCUCGCGACCUAAAUGGUAGCCUUCAAGUUAUUUCCUUUAAACUUAAUUAGCCAAAAACUUACCACUUCCACACGGAUAGGGAGGAUAACUAUGAACAGUUAUUUAACCUUUAACAUGAACAUUAAUCAAACUUAAUAAUUUUUUCUGGGUACAUGAUACCAUACAGCAGGGGUGCUCACACUUUUUCAGCAUGCGAGCUACUUUUAAAAUGACCGAGUCAAAAUGAUCUACCCACUACAAAAAUGCAAAACAUCUAUUUAUUUUCAAAUGUAUUGAGGAUUAUUUGUACGUACAAUGUAUGUUGAUGUACCUUACAUAACCAAAUGAGCCAAUAUUGCAAAACACACAUAAUUAACUAUUAACAUUUUUUGUAAUUACCUGAGUUUACUUUGAUGAAUUGCACUGAAUUGAACCAGCCAGGGAUGCAUAGUCCGGACAGUAGCUGCUGAUAGCCAGCCUCAAGCACACUUCCAAAUGUUUAUCAGUCAUGGAUAAUAUCCGUAUCACAAUAUCCGUAUAAUAUUCCAUAUCCGUAUGGAAGUGAUAUGUUUUUUGCCUUUUUACUUGGUCCAGCUCCUUCACUCAUUUUAGUGACCAUAAACUUUAGCGAGGGCUUAAAAUCUCGCAAUUCGCCGACUAGCUUAGCACUUUGCAUCGUUGUUUACGCAUGAGCGGUGACCUAAAGGUCAAAAUUCAGUUGUCAUCUGAUUGGUUGUCCUGUAUGUCAAUCAAGUAACGGGGAUGGAUGAUAGGCUGACAUCGUAAGUUCUGCGGCACUUAGAGACGUUGUUUGAUUUGAUUGGUCGCCCGAACGGCAACAUUCUGUUGUCAUCUGAAUGGCUGCCCUGCUGAUUGAUAUACUCAAUCAAGUGACGGCAUUGAUGCUGGGAUGAUAUUUUUUUAAUGUCACCCCGCGAUCGACCAGUACCACCUCCGCGAUCGACCGGUAGCUCGCGAUCGACUUAAUGAGCACCCCUGCCAUACAGCAUCCAUAUCAAACUUGCGUGGGCCGCACUAACAUUAAACUUUCAUAUCAAGGCGGGGGCCUCAAAUUAGUGUCCUGCGGGCCACAUGUGGCCCGCCGGCCGCGUGUUUGAGACCCCUGUUUUAGGGUAAUAGGUAAUUGUUUGUACAACAAAGAGAUAUUAUGAUAUGCCGUAUUCUAAAACUAGUCACUGGGUGUCAGUAAUGUAACAUUGAUGAGACAACAGUAACAAGCUUACAUUAUAUCCUAUUUUCUCUUAUGACGUCUCUCCCUCUUAUGUGUGUAAAGAUGACUGUAGGGGUGUUAUUUCAUGUCUAGAGGUCUCUGAAUGGGGUGUGGAGGAAAGGGUGUGGUAUUUAAAUGAUCAUUUGGCUCCCAGCUUCUCUGCAAUUGUGACACGCGGGGCAAUUUGCUGCUGGAUCUCUCGCCUGCGAUGGAAUAAGGAUCUACGCUUUAAAAAAUGUGAGUCACAAGAGCUUUUUUCAGAGAUAACAAGUGGCUGAUGUGCUAAGACCCUUCAGUAUUACUGUGUCCAUACCAAAAAUGUCUUUACGUUUGGAUGAUCUAAGUUUGUGGUUGAUUGACAUCUAUUGAACGUGUCUAAGGUGACAAACACCUUGCUAUAUUAAUAGAAUAGAAUCAAUAAAAUAAUAAGUAAACCCUAUUAAGUCAAAUUGCACCAAGUCCAAAUCUUCUUCGUCUUUUUCUUGGGUGUUCUUGCCUGGAAGUGUGUAUCUAUGUUGAGCAGUGUAAACCUAAGACCAACAAAAACUACCAAAGCAAACCAAAUUUGGGAGGAUGACCUGCAGCAUGUCUGCAUGUCAUCCAAGGCUUGUUUUCGAGAUUUUUUUACAUAUUUUAAUUUGACGAAUGUGGCAUUCAUUUUGUUUGUUUAGGGCCUAAACAAACACAGUUAAUCAAUGUAUCCUUAUUUAGGCUUAUUAGCCUUAGACUAAUAAGCCUAAUAAAGAUACAUGGAUUAAUAGUUAUUCAGUAUAAGAGAGUAUCCAAGUGUAUCCAAGAGUAUCCUUCACAGCAAUGAGGAACAAGAAGACUGAGUGGGAUAGUUGAAAGAAGAAUAUUUUGUUUUGCUGUGGUUUAUAAGGUAUGUCACAUUUACAUUCAUGCUGGCUGGCAAAAAUGUACUCUGAUGUUCAUAUAUUUUUAUGUUUUGUGUGUGAUAAGGGAUAAGUCAGCAUGAUUAUUGCACAAGUGUGCCUUAGAUUUGGUGUUCCCAACUUGGCGAUAUUGUCGCUACAUCUGACAUUUGGCCAUAUUCCAACCCCCCUUGAUGGCAUAUUAUAACAAAAGAAACUUGCAUAUGGGUGGUCAUUGUCAGUGUUGAUAUAUGAUGAGGAUUGUACUCUGGUAUGAUUUCAGUGGACUUGCUGGUCCCCAAGAAUGAGGAUCCUACAAAAAGACGAACUCCAGACUGCUGAAGAAGUCCUGCUGAAACACUUACCAAAGUCCUUGCAGCUCUACGGCUUGGUAUAUGCUUAUAACAAGAAUGAACCUAAUCCCGUACAGUUCAUUGUUGAUACAUGGCCUGAUUUUAAAGUCUUCAUUUGCCGACCUGAUACAGAGAAAAAGCAAGACUUCACAAGAAAGGUGGCAAUCUUUAGCAUGGAUGAGAAGAUUUUAAAGAAAAUGCUGUCAGAUGAGGAUGCAAUCAACUGGAGCGCUUACUUUCGACUUGGAGGGUGUGAUGUUUCUCACACCUCCACGCUCAGAGAGGUUUUAUUGAACAGAAAAGUCAACUACCACUGGGUGGCUUCCACAAACGUUCUGUAUCUGCCAGAUAGCUGUCAUCUGGUCACACCGACAUUUGAUAGCAAGCUUAAAUCAAGGAUUUCAUCUCUCAAUCUUUCCCAUAUCGACCUAAUAAAUCGGACCUGGACGUUUGGUGGAUCUGAACAUACAUACAAGAACCUCACAUUCCUCAUCAGCAACUUGCCUUCAUGCUGCGUCAUUGAUGAUCAGGGUCAACCUGUAUCAUGGAUUCUUGUGUAUGAAUGCGCGGCAUUGGGUAUUUUAUAUACCCUACCUGAACACAGACAUAAAGGUUAUGCCAAAGCGUUGAUCUACACCAUGGCCCAGAGACGCCUAGCUGAAGGCUACCCAGUGUUCUGCUACAUCGUGGAAGACAACACAGUCUCUUAUAAGAUUUUCAAAAGUCUGGGCUUUAUUGAGGAUCCCUCAUAUAAAACAUCAUCGUUUGAAAUAAACAUCUAA